AUGGAUAAAAUCAUCUUUAUAUUAUUGGGAAUAUUUAUGUUUAAUAAAAUAAUAAAUGUGAAUUCGCAUAAUGAUAGAGAUAAUAAUAAAGAGUCGGUGCUUUUAAAAAGAAUAAGCAACGGAGUGUUCACUAAAAUAGAUCACUCGGAAAAUGUAUCGAACAUAAAACGCAAUAAAAGAGACGCGUUCGAAACCUAUCAGAAGGAAUACUGGCAAAUUCUGACGGGAAAUUAUGGGAACGACAGCAAAGCCAGCGUAUUUGGUGAAAAGAGUCAUGGUUUUUUUAAUUUUACAUCGCCCUGUAAUACAACAACGACUUUCUGUGAACAAGUGCCAGAUUAUCCGACAUAUCUCGUUAAUAAAAUAGCGAUCGAGGAGAUACCGAAUAUUAAACUGCUUCAGCAAAAAGAGAAAGAGGAAAUAAUGAUAAGAAUUGGUGGUAAUGAUGAAGAAAGUUUAUGCAAAUCAGAGUCGAAAAUAAUAGCCCCGAAAGCAGCAUUAACUCAAGAUAAUCAGUGGAAAUAUAUAUACAAUGAUCCGAAAUUUGUUCAAACAACGCGUGUCGAUAUAUGCAGACAUGAAAAGGAGCCUUGCAAUUAUAUUAAUGACCUAUUCGGCUUAAAAACGAUGUGCAAGCAACAGUAUAUUUAUCGUAAAUUUGUAACACUAACGUCGGAUGGCAAAGUUACAUCCGACAUGUUUCGUAUACCGUCGAGUUGCUGUUGUAGUAUCAAAAUAAAUUAUAAUAACUAUGAUUAUGAAUCCGAUCAGUGGAGAAAAUAA